AAGAAAAUAGUGAGUAGCCUUGCAUUUGGGUAUAGAUAAUUUAAGGUAAUUUCCAACGUGAUCUCGCCAGGGCGACGUGUCCGAGUACCCGGAGGCGACGGUGUGCCUCCGCGCGCGGCCCUCCACGCUCAUGAGCUACGAGAGCCACAUCUCCAUCGCCACCUCCGACCAGGACAACGACGUCCUGCACAUGUACCGUCGCGGCGAGAACCACGGCUUCUACUACAACGGCGUGCGUCAGUACGGCUACCAGGACAUGACCAACGACAUCGGCCUCCACCAGUGGAGCCACUACUGCCACAAUUUCCACAACGGCGAAUACCGGGCCUACAUCCACGGCAAGCUGGAGGCCAAGGGGCCGUUCAGCGUGCCCCACAAGGUUCCUCUGCCGGUCAAGGGCAUCAUCACCAUCGGGCAGGAGCAGGACCUGCUGGCCGGCGCCUACGACACCGACCAGAGCUUCCGGGGUCACAUAGCGCAGGUCAACAUCUGGAACCGCUCUCUAACGGCCGAGGAGGUCAGAGUGCAGGCCUCGUGCGGGCCGGCGCCGCUGGGCAACAUCUUCUCCACGGACAGGGAGGACAUCGAGCUGCUCGGCGGGGCCACGGUGGAGCUGGUGGAGCCGUCGUACUUCUGCGAGAAGGCGGUGGAGUACGUGAUCUUCCCCGAGGCCAGGGAGAUGGCCGACUCGAAGCUCACCUGCAACCGCGUCGGCUACGAGGUAUACACGCCCAAGGACGCCGCGGACAACCACGAGCUGCACCAGCAGUCGCUCAACUUCGCCGAGGAGUGUCUGUCCAACUACCACCUGUGGAUCGGGGUCACGGACGAGGAGGAGGAGGACGUGUGGAGGAAAUUCACCGACAACUCCGUGGCGCAGACGCAGUUCGAGCUCAACGAGCCCAACGGCGGCACGGGCGAGAACUGCAUGCUCAUGUUCCUGCCCAACGGCCGCUGGGUGGACACCUCGUGCGUGAUCAAGUGGCCCGCGUGCGUGCCCUGCGAGGUGGACCGCAGGAAGCCGCUGCGCCUCAGGGGCUUCUGCUACACCAACGAGGCGGAGACGUACUACGAGGUGCUGGGCUACAAGAGGGGCAAGCCCUACCUGCACGGCUACUACGGCUACAUGGUGUACAAGAGCGGCCCGUACGACUGGGAGAUGUACGACACGGCGGAGGAGGAGCUGGUCGCCGUGCUCAAAGUGCCGUCCAAAGACACGUACCCGAUCGGCCGACACAUCUGGGAGUUGAGAAGAUCGAUGUGCAACCACCUGAUCGGAUCCAAACUGCAGCUCAGUUUCUCCAUCUGCAACAACAACGAAUUCACAUGCUCAAACGGUGACUGCAUUCCCAAAGCGAAGCGGUGUGACGCCAAGGACGACUGCGUAGACUUGUCAGACGAGGAGGACUGUCAGGUGAUCAUCCUGCCGAAGGGAUACCGUCGCGAGCGCCCGCCGGACAACGAAACCGAAGGCCGGGCCAUCUACCUGGGAGCCAUCGUCAACGUGCAGAGGUUCAUGGAAAUCAGCGACAUCAGGAGAGUGAUCAACGUGGAGUUCACGGUAGAGCUGUCCUGGAACGACCCUCGCCCCAAGUACUACAACCUGGGCGACACGCUGGAGUGGAACAAGCUCUCCGCCAAGGACCGCGAGCGCAUCUGGCGGCCGGUGCUCAACUUCCCCAACGUCUACGACGGGAACAUCAAGCAGCUUUCCCACGAGCUCUACCUGAACAAAAAGGGCAAAGCUCUGAAGCCCAAUUACAACGACGUCAGAAUGGACACCGUAUACGCUGGGAAGUCCGCCGACAUCGUACAAAAACAGCAUUACAGCGCUGUGUUCGCCUGUUCGUUCGACGUGUUCUACUACCCGUUCGACACCCAGCGAUGCUACCUGCAGCUCCAGCUCAGCGUGCGACGAGAACUGGUGUCGUUUUUGUCCGAGAAGGCGAGGGUGGUGUACGGCGAGGACAAGAAGCUGCCCGCGUACGUCCUCAGCGAGUACAUCAUUGCCGUGACGGAAGGUGGUAACAACGAGACUCGCUACAGUAGGUUACAGGUGGAGUUCGAGCUGACGAGGAGGUGGACCAUGAUCGUGCUCACUGUGUAUCUCCCGACCAGUAUGUUGCAGCUCAUCGGAUACGCGACGCUCUACGUCAAUGUCUCCCUCAUGGACGUGCGAAUGACCGUGGCGCUGACGACGCUCCUCGUGCUGUACACCCUCUUCAGCAACACCUCCGACACCCUCCCCGUCACCGCCUACGUCAAGCUGAUCGACGUGUGGUUCUUCUUCUGCAUCUUCCUGCUCUUCUUCAUCAUCGUGACACACGUGAUAGUAGAGCACCUGGUGAACAUCGCGGCGAUAGAGCAGACGAAACUGACGCAGGUGCGGCCCUUCAAUGGGGCCGGGGGAGGAGGAGGCUUUGCUGCCAACUCUAUGGUGCGGCCGAGUUCUCCGAUGGCCGAGAAAAUCAUGUUGGCCUCUCGCUACGUCGUUAUCCCGCUCGUUAUAUUCACGUUUAACCUCAUUUACUGGGGGCUCGUGUUCGGCACCAACUAUUAGGCGUCUGCGCGAAGGCCAGCGGAGACAGGAGGAGAAGUGGGCGUGAUAAUGAGUGCUGGUUGACCCGGUAGAGAGAGGGUAGAGGGUCACGUGCACACACAGGCACACACACAUGUAGGAACACAUGUACACACCCACACGCGUACACAUACCCACACAUACGCACACAUGCGCACACACAC